CGGAGGCCGCUCCCCCCACCCCCCAUUCCUCUUCCCCCGGAGUCUUACCGUUUGGCCCUCGGAAUCCCCGAGGUAUGUCCUCCGCUGGGGUGGCCGGCGGGCGACAGUCCGAGGAUGCGCUGCCGCCGCCUCCCGAGCCGCCGCUGCCCGAGUCCAAAGCGCUGCCGCCGCCGCCCGUCGCCGCUGCCCCGGCGCAGCAGUCGCCCGCGCGGCGGCCCCAGUCACCCUCGGGCGUCAAGGAGGAGGAGAACUACUCCUUUUUACCCUUGGUUCACAACAUCAUCAAAUGUAUGGACAAAGACAGCCCAGACAUCCACCAGGACCUGAACGCCCUCAAAACAAAGUUCCAGGAGAUGCGGAAGCUCAUCAGCACCAUGCCCGGCAUCCACCUGAGCCCGGAGCAGCAGCAGCAGCUGCUGCACAGCCUCCAAGAGCAAGUCAGGACCAAGAAUGAGCUUCUGCAGAAGUACAAGAGCCUCUGCAUGUUCGAGAUCCCCAAGGAGUAGGGGCCAGGCUUCCAGAGCGACUGCGAGGGGCAAGAGACCCCACAACCUUGCUGUGCAGCUCCUUAGAGCCCAAUGGGUUGUGAGGCCAAGUAAGGCCAGUGUGGUGCCUCAGUGGCUGCACUCAACCCUGACUCACAAAGUGACUUAUUCCUGGGGAGGGGGAAGGGCAAACCCAAAAGAGCACAGUGGGAGAGAAGGCCAUGCUCUCUCCCUCCCCUCAGCUCCUCACAUCCCAGUGUGAUCAGUACCAGGUACAUACUGUUCCCAUUAGCUGCAGUUUCAUGAAACAUUUGCAUAAAAUUCACUGGACAAAUCAGGCCUGCGCUCAGAUGGCAUGGAUUUAAUAUAAUUUAAAAAGGCUGUGAGAGAAUGAACAUUGUUUUGAAAGGGCAGAGGGUGGGUGGUUUCUCCACAACAGUUGGGUUCCUUUUAUUUUCAAGCUAGUGAACAGAGCUGUAUCUGUGAGGGUGUCAACCCAGAGCCCUGCCAGGGGCCAACUCUAGCCUCCGGCCUCUGUGAGCUGUGCGCACCCUUAGCUCUUGCUCCCUUUGUCUCCUGUCACUCCAGAAAGGGCUGAGAAGAGCCAAAGCAGUGCUUCCCUUGGGAGGAAGAGAGCUAGGCCUUUGUCCUUCCCACGCAGGCUCAAAGAGCAUAUUGGGCAAGUGGCUGUGUCCUCAAAUUCACAUGCCCUGGAUUACGACGUCAUCUCCCCUCUGGCCUUGCUAAGGAGACAUCCACACUUGCUGCCCGGCAAACAAAGGGUCCCUGUAUGCUUUUAGUUGCGAAAGAUGGUUGUGAGUGAAGGGCAAGGUGGAUCUGGGCUUGGACACUCCACAGCCAGGUUCAAGUUGUGGUAUCUGAGUAGCCCUUGUUGUGCCUAGCUAUUCCCAGGGGGGACGUGGUGUGCUCUCCCUCCUGUGGCUGUCAGGCUGGGGGCAGGGCGGUCCUUCCUGAGCCCCAAGGAUGAGGUGAGAGGUAACUCAAUAUUGUUUGGAGCUAGAAAUGGGCACACAACCUGGGCUGCCCAGUUCAGGGGCUUAGCAGGUGCCUGCCAACAUACUUGUUAGCAGGAGUGUUGAGUGAAAAUGUGUUUAGCCAGGGGUUCCAGGUAUUGCUUUUUAGCCACCAGUGAAGCCCCCCCACACACACACACACAGGUCUUUCUGUGAGGCAGAAAUAAAAGGGUUUCUCAGGGAUAGAGAGGUGGAAUAUUCCCUCCGUUGAUUUGUGUGUUGAUCUGCAACAUUUCUCAAAUGUGUAAUUAAAAGUACUUUGCUCUGCUCUCAGGA